AUGGAAAUUGAGGUGUUUGUAUUUGGAAUGGUAGUGGAAAUAAUAGGCAUUACACCUUUGAUCACAAACCCACCAGUUGCGAUCCCGCCUUCUCCUAUUUUUUCACCUAUCAUUGGCGAUCCUUCUAGCAGAACAGGUGGUGGUGGCGGUGAAGGAGGAGGUGGUCAAAUCCCAGGUCUUAACCCUCCAACUACUCAACCAACUUGUCCUGUAAAUGCGCUUAAGCUUGGGCUUUGUGUGGAUGUGCUUGCUGUCUUGGUGCAUGUAGGGUUAGGGAACUCAGUUGAAAAUUUGCGCUGCCCAGUGCUAAAAGGAUUGCUAGAGGUUGAAGCAGCGAGUUGUCUUUGCACAACUAUAAGGCUUAAGCUUCUUGCCCUCCAGGUCAUGAUUACUUGUGGAAUAACUCCUCCUUCUGGUUUCGUAUGCCCUCCUCUUUAA